UAUUUAACAGUUUGUUCAUGUUUUAGAAAAAAUCCGAUCUCAUUAAAGAGUUUUCUUGUGAAAAUGGACAUUAUUGAUUCCUAAAAAACUCUUCCACGCAAUUGUUUACUAAUAUAUACUGUGUCAACACGUUAACAUUAUUGAUUUGUUUUCUUGAAUCACUCUUCUCUCUGUGUUAUUAUAUCCUUUUCUGUCUGCUUAAGCCAACGAAGCAGCUGCAGACCCUCCUCUUAACAUUCAAUCACUUCCACACUCUCUCUUCCAGCAUUCCUUUCUAAGCCAUUCUUCUCUCUCAUAUCCCUGUUUUUUUUCUGAUUGCUUAAGCUAACCUGUAACCAGACACUUAGAGAAUCCUAUUUUUACAGCGAACCAGUAACUAAACACUUGGAGAACCUUUUUUUGUUGCCAGAAACGUUCAGAUCCUUUGCAAAGUUUCCACAACAACUGGGAUCCACUCGUUAACAUUAUUGAGGUCGAACAGGUUACUGCUAACAAACUCUUCCAAGCUAUUGUUGACCAUUGUACUGAAAACACAAAAAAGAAAAAAUCGAACAGAGAUUUUGCUUCCCUCCAUUAUUGUUUUCUCCAGAACCGCUCUUCUCUUUGUGCUAUUACUGUAACAAUCUCUUCCACAUCUCAUCUCAUUAUACCAUUCUCUGUUCCCAGUAAAUUAUUUCUUAAAACCAUAUACUCUUCUCUUGCCCGUGCUUUCUGCUCUUUUUUUCUGAAUACUGCUCAGGCAAGGCAGCUCUUGGAGGACAUCUUGAAUCCAGAUCCUUUGCAAAGUUUCCACAACAACUCUUCCAAGCUAUUGUUGACCAUUGUACUGAAAACACAAAAAAGAAAAAAUCAAACAGAGAUUUUGCUUCCCCUCCAUUAUUGUUUUCUCCUGAACCGCUCUUCUCUCUGUGCUAUUACUGUAACUCCGUCCAUUAAGAAGCCACUGAUCAAAAUGAGUCGACCAAAUGAUCCUUUUUGGGAAUAUGCUGAAAAGAUGGAUGAUGGUAGCAUGACGUGUACGUUUUGUGGGCAUUGUUUUUCCCAAGGUACUUCCGUUACGAGGAUCAAAUUGCAUUUGGCAGGAGUGAAACGGCGUGGUGUUAAAAUUUGUAAAAAUGUUCCAGAAGAAGUUCGAGAUGCAGCUUGUGAUGCAGUUAAUAAUAGCCCUCCAGAAAAGAAACUUAAAUCUGUUGCGGGCUCAAGCAGUAACGAGGUCGCUAAUGCAAUUUCAGCUUCAACGCAAGAACAGAACAAUGAAGUGACCCAUGUAGAGAUGGCACAACAAGGAGGACCUUUUUUCACUGGAGAACUUGCAUGGGCAAAUGAUUUGAUUGGAGAGGCUGAACUUGUGCAGCUGGAGAGAGGUAGUUCUCAUGAGAGGCCAUCAAUUAAUCAAACAGAUGAGCCUCGAGGAGAUUCAUCCCGACCAACAGAUGAUCAACUCUGUUCUCCAUCAGUAAACAAUGAUGCCAAUAUGAACGAUGUGCAGAACAUGGUUGCAGUCAGGAUAGAACCAGUACCGGUUCAAGUGUUGGAACAAAGCAAUGCAGAAGUUGACAGUUUGGCAGGGCAUGCUGGAAGGAUACAAGUGGGAGUUCAUGGCAUGGAACAAGGUGCGGAGGAAGAGAGAAUUUGUCCGAACUCAGCGGCAAAUGGCAUGGAAAACACUGGUGAUGGAUCUAGUCAGCAUUCCAGGAGACUCAUGAUUGAUGCACAUGAUAAUACAGGGGAAGAAGCUACACAAAGAAUAGAUCUAGUGCAACGAUUAGAAGGGGAAACUUGGGGUCAGAUGAAUGCAAUCUCUGCUUUUUUAAUGGGGGAGGAGGACGUGGAGAACAAUCGUGGAAGAUUAGUGCAGCCUGGAGCAGCUUGCUCUUCUGGAGGGGCUGCAUGCAACACAAAUAAGAUUAAAGGAGAUGCACUGCCAACGAGAAAAAUGGUGGGUCAAGCAUUCGAAGAACAUAAGAAGACUAUCUCAUCUUUGUUGAUGCGCAAUGAAGUUUCAAGUAUUGGUAUCUAUGGGAUGGGCGGAGUGGGAAAGACCACAUUGGGGACACAUAUACAUAAUCAGCUUCUAGAAAGACCAGAGACUCCUGUUUACUGGAUUACUGUUUCACAUAAUACCAGCAUUCCUAGAUUGCAGACAAGUCUCGCAGGACGAAUUGGUUUAGAUCUUUCCAAGGUAGAUGAGGAGCUGCAUAGAGCGGUAGCGUUGAAAAAAGAAUUAAUGAAGAAACAGAAAUGGAUUCUGAUUUUAGAUGAUUUGUGGAAGGCUUUUGACCUGCAAAAGCUGGGAGUUCCUGACCAAGUUGAGGAGGGAUGCAAGCUGAUUCUUACAUCUCGAUCAGCAAAGGUUUGUCAACAGAUGAAAACCCAACACACCAUCAAAGUGCAGCCUAUUUCGGAGAGAGAAGCUUGGACUUUGUUUAUUGAGAGACUUGGACAUGACAGAGAACUUUCUCCAAAAGUGAAACGAAUUGCUGUGGAAGUUGUAAGGGAAUGUGCUGGUUUGCCAUUGGGAAUUAUUACGAUGGCAGGAAGCAUGAGGGGAGUGGAUGAGCCACAUGAGUGGAGGAAUACAUUGAAUAAGUUGAAAGGAUCAAAAUACAGAGACAUGGAAGAUGACGUAUUCCGGUUGCUGAGGAUUAGUUAUGAUCAGUUGGAUAAUGAUUUAGCAUUACAACAAUGUCUCUUAUAUUGUGCAUUGUAUCCUGAAGAUUAUCAGAUUGAAAGGGAGGAGCUGAUAGGUUAUUUGAUAGAUGAGGGAAUAAUUGAAGAAAUGAGGAGCAGGCAAGCAGCAUUUGACGAGGGCCACACGAUGCUUGAUAAACUUGAAAAAGUCUGUUUAUUGGAAAGAGCUUGUUAUGGUGAUCAUAAUACAAGUGUCAAGAUGCAUGACUUGAUUAGGGACAUGGCCCACCAAAUACUCCAAACAAACUCUCCAGUCAUGGUUGGGGGAUAUUAUGAUGAAUUACCUGUGGAUAUGUGGAAAGAGAAUCUAGUGAGAGUCUCUCUGAAGCAUUGUUAUUUCAAGGAAAUUCCUUCUAGUCAUUCACCAAGAUGUCCCAAUCUUUCAACUCUAUUGCUGUGUGAUAAUGGACAGUUGAAAUUUAUAGAAGAUUCUUUUUUCCAACAUUUGCAUGGGCUCAAGGUUCUUGAUCUGUCUCGUACAGACAUCAUAGAAUUGCCUGGUUCUGUCUCUGAACUGGUGAGUCUCACUGCAUUAUUGCUCGAAGAAUGUGAGAAUUUAAGGCAUGUACCAUCAUUAGAAAAGCUCAGAGCACUGAAGAGGCUAGAUCUCUCUGGUACUUGGGCACUUGAAAAGAUACCUCAAGACAUGCAAUGUCUAUCCAACCUGAGGUAUCUGAGGAUGAAUGGAUGUGGUGAAAUGGAGUUUCCUAGUGGGAUAUUACCAAUACUCUCUCACCUGCAAGUCUUCAUAUUAGAGGAGAUUGAUGAUGACUUCAUUCCAGUAACAGUUACAGGAGAGGAAGUAGGAUGCUUGAGGGAGUUGGAAAAUUUGGUAUGCCAUUUUGAAGGUCAAUCUGACUUUGUGGAGUAUCUCAAUUCUCGAGAUAAGACUCGAUCACUAAGUACAUACAGUAUUUUCGUAGGACCACUGGAUGAAUAUUGUAGUGAAAUAGCUGAUCAUGGCGGAAGUAAAACAGUUUGGUUGGGUAAUUUGUGUAACAAUGGAGAUGGAGAUUUUCAAGUCAUGUUCCCAAAUGACAUUCAAGAACUGUUUAUUUUUAAAUGUUCAUGUGAUGUUUCCUCUCUAAUAGAGCAUUCAAUAGAACUGGAGGUCAUCCACAUUGAGGAUUGCAAUAGCAUGGAGAGCUUGAUUUCAUCUUCUUGGUUCUGCCCUUCUCCAACACCAUUGUCAUCUUAUAAUGGUGUAUUUUCUGGUCUUAAAGAGUUCAAUUGCUCUGGAUGUAGUAGUAUGAAGAAGUUGUUCCCUCUUGUCUUGCUACCAAACCUCGUAAACCUAGAAAAUAUUUCAGUUUUUGGUUGUGAGAAAAUGGAGGAGAUAAUAGUUGGAACAAGAUCAGAUGAAGAAAGCAGCAGCAACAGCACCGAAUUCAAACUACCAAAGUUGAGAUAUCUGGCAUUGGAAGAUUUACCAGAACUGAAAAGAAUUUGUAGUGCAAAAUUGAUUUGCGAUUCUCUCCAACAAAUUGAAGUAAGGAAUUGCAAAAGCAUGGAGAGCUUGGUUCCAUCUUCUUGGAUUUGCCUCGUAAACCUAGAAAGGAUUAUAGUUACAGGAUGUGGGAAAAUGGAGGAGAUAAUAGGUGGAACAAGAGCAGAUGAAGAAAGCAGCAACAACACCGAAUUCAAACUCCCAAAGUUAAGAUCGCUGGAAUCGGUAGAUUUACCAGAACUGAAAAGAAUUUGUAGUGCAAAAUUGAUUUGCGAUUCUCUCCGAGAAAUUGAAGUAAGGAAUUGCAAUAGCAUGGAGAUCUUGGUUCCAUCUUCUUGGAUUUGCCUCGUAAACCUAGAAAGGAUUAUAGUUGCAGGAUGUGGGAAAAUGGAUGAGAUAAUAUGCGGAACAAGAUCAGAUGAAGAAGGGGAUAUAGGUGAAGAAAGCAGCAACAACAACACCGAAUUCAAACUCCCAAAGUUAAGAUCUCUGCUAUUGUUUGAAUUACCAGAACUGAAAAGCAUUUGUAGUGCAAAAUUGAUUUGUGAUUCUCUCGGAACUAUUUCAAUAAGAAAUUGUGAGAAUCUGAAGAGGAUGCCAAUUUGUUUUCCGUUGCUUGAAAAUGGCCAGCCAUCUCCUCCCCCUUCUCUUACAUAUAUCUAUAUAGAACCGAAAGAAUGGUGGGAGUCUGUAGUGGAGUGGGAUCAUCCUAAUGCUAAGAACAUCCUUCGUCCCUUUGUAAAGUUUUUUGGUUGAAUAAUGAAUUACAGAUAAUUUGACAGCCGGUGAAGGAUUACAAGCCGCUUAUUUAAUAAAGAUUUGCAAGAAAGCGUAUUGUCUCUUUUGGAUUCCGUUCCAUCAAAUAUCGAUCGUUGAUCAAUAUCUUGCUGCAAAGAGCUUGAUUGCUUGACAUUCUUUCGAGAUCGAUGGUUAUGAUGGAUUUGAAAGGAUUCCUUCUGGCAGACCUGUGAGUAGUUUUGGACCCUUUUAUAAAUAAACAUCAUGGAAAUAGUAACAUAAUCUGGACCAGCCAACCAGUGUAGAAGAAAUGCUCUCUCUUGCUUUAGUUUCGUCAUGCUAAUUGCCUCUUCAAAUGCUAUUGACGGUCCAGAUGUAAGGGCAGAGUUUGAGAAAGCAGGCAUCAACACCCACUUCAUUCCCUUUAUUAGGAAGGGACAAGAGCCUAAAGAUGUCCAAGAUGCAGCCCUUGCAGCAAUUGAUGGUCCUUCAGAAAAGAAAAAAAAACUUAAAACUGUGGCAGGCUCAAGCAAUGACGAGGCCACUAAUGCAAUUUCAGCUUCUGCGCAAGAACAGAACAGUGAAGUGAUGGCACAACAAGAAGAUGUUCUUUCCUUUGGAGCGUCUGGACAUUGGUUGAGUAGCAUCACUGAUGAAGAGAUUGAACUUCUGGUAGGUAGCUUUCAUGAGAGGCCAUCAAUUAAUCAAGCUGAGGAACCUCGAGGAGAUUCAUCCCAGCCAACGGAUCCAUUGUGUCUUGGCCAUGGAAGAUAUUAUGAUGAACUAUGCAUGGCUUUAGCCAUUAGUGCUAGAGGUUGGGGAGGAGGAGGGAAAUGCGUUUUGAUGUAUGGUUUUAUGUGAAGUCGAAGACUACCAUAAAACAUGAAAACUUACGGCCUUUUAGCUUGUUUUUUUCUUGUACAAAGUUUCUUGAGCAAACUGGGCAUGCACAUGCAGGGCUGUCUUCCAUUUUAGUUGUGCUCACAAAUUUAUGGUCAUUUAUGGUCAUGAUGGCUUCGAUGAAUAUCAUCUUCGGGUUUCUUUAGUGGCUGUAAUGGCUUUGAGCCUAUGUACUAUGUAUAAAAUAUAUAGCUUGGUUAUGAAGCUGCAUACUUAUCCCCAGAACCCCUAAGAUAUCCCAUAUUCUGGGUUCCCAUGAUGUUUAAGAAA